AUGAGCUGGAGCUUUCUAACUCGUCUCCUGGAAGAAAUCCACAACCACUCCACCUUUGUUGGGAAAGUGUGGCUGACCGUGCUCAUCAUCUUCCGCAUCGUGCUCACAGCAGUCGGAGGGGAGUCCAUCUAUUCGGAUGAGCAGACCAAGUUCACCUGCAACACCAAACAACCAGGCUGUGACAACGUAUGCUACGAUGCUUUUGCUCCCCUCUCGCACGUGCGCUUCUGGGUCUUUCAGAUCAUCAUGAUCUCCACUCCCUCCAUUAUGUACAUGGGUUAUGCUAUUCACAAGAUUGCCCGAACUUCAGAGGUGGAGCGCAGGAAGCACCAGAGGCUCUGCAAAAAGCUGCCACCUCAUUCCAGAUGGAGGGGGAGCCCCCACCUGGAGGAUGUGUUAGAGCAGGAGGAAGAUGACGAUGCAGAGCCAAUGAUCUAUGAGGAUACUCUGGAGGUGCAGGAGGUCAAACCUGAGCAAAUCAGCAGCAGCAGCCGAAAAGAUCAACCAAAACAUGAUGGCCGCAGAAGAAUUAUGCAAGAAGGACUAAUGAGAAUCUAUGUUCUUCAGCUCAUGUCACGAGCUAUUUUUGAAAUAGCUUUCCUUGCAGGACAGUAUCUCCUCUAUGGUUUUCGUGUUAAUCCUUCAUAUGUAUGCAGCAGGAUUCCCUGUCCGCACAGCGUGGACUGUUUCAUCUCUAGGCCCACUGAGAAAACAAUCUUCCUCCUCAUCAUGUAUGUGGUAAGCUGUCUUUGUCUAGUGUUAAAUGUGUGUGAGAUGCUUCACUUGGGAAUCGGUACUUUUCGGGAUACGCUUCGCAUGAAGAGGAAUCGGGGUCGACGGACGACCUACGGCUACCCCUUCUCUCGCAACAUCCCUGCCUCCCCUCCAGGCUACAAUCUAGUGAUGAAGACAGACAAACCUGGCAGGAUUCCCAACAGCCUCAUCACCCACGAGCAGAACAUGACUAACGUGGCCCAGGAGCAGCAGUGCACCAGCCCGGACGAGAACAUCCCCUCCGAUCUGGCAAGCCUACAUCGGCACCUACGGGUUGCCCAGGAGCAGCUGGAUAUGGCCUUUCAGACAUAUCAGACCAAAACCACCCAGCAAAUCUCCAGAACCAGUAGUCCUGUAUCUGGGGGAACUAUGGCAGAGCAAAACCGCGUCAACACAGUGCAGGAGAAACAAGGGGCAAGGCCAAAAUCAGCCACAGAGAAGGCUGCGACUAUUGUAAAAAACGGAAAGACCUCUGUCUGGAUCUAG